AAGAUGGCUGUGCCUCCCACAUAUGUCGAUCUUGGUAAAUCUGCCAGAGAUGUCUUCACCAAGGGCUAUGGAUUUGGCUUAAUAAAACUUGAUUUGAAAACAAAAUCAGAGAAUGGAUUGGAAUUCACAAGCUCAGGCUCAGCCAACACUGAGACCACCAAAGUAACAGGCAGUCUGGAAACCAAGUACAGAUGGACGGAAUACGGCCUGACGUUUACGGAGAAAUGGAACACUGAUAACACACUAGGCACUGAGAUUACUGUGGAAGAUCAGCUUGCACGUGGAUUGAAGCUGACCUUUGAUUCAUCCUUCUCACCUAACACUGGGAAAAAAAAUGCCAAAAUCAAGACAGGGUACAAGCGGGAGCACAUCAACCUGGGCUGCGACGUGGACUUCGACAUCGCUGGGCCUUCAAUCCGAGGUGCUCUCGUGCUGGGUUAUGAGGGCUGGCUGGCUGGUUACCAGAUGAAUUUUGAGACCGCAAAGUCCCGAGUGACCCAGAGCAACUUUGCGGUUGGCUACAAGACUGAUGAAUUCCAGCUUCACACUAAUGUGAAUGAUGGAACAGAGUUUGGUGGCUCUAUUUACCAGAAGGUGAACAAGAAGUUGGAGACUGCUGUCAAUCUUGCCUGGACAGCAGGAAACAGUAACACUCGCUUUGGGAUAGCAGCCAAGUAUCAGAUCGACCCUGAUGCCUGCUUCUCAGCUAAAGUGAACAACUCCAGCCUGAUAGGUUUAGGAUACACUCAGACCCUAAAGCCAGGUAUCAAACUGACACUGUCAGCUCUGUUGGAUGGCAAGAAUGUCAACGCUGGUGGCCAUAAGCUUGGUCUAGGACUGGAAUUUCAAGCAUAAAUGAAUUCUGUACAAUCGUUUAAUUUUAAACUAUUUUGCGGCAUAGCUACCUUCAGAAUUUAGUGUAUCUUUUAAUGUUGUAUGUCUGGGAUGCAAGCAUUGCUAAAUAUCAUGUUAGACCUCCAGGUUAAAGAUGAUUCAGCUUUAAGGUGUUACCCUUUCAGAGGUACAGAAGAAACCUGAUUCCAAAAUAAGGUCCUUUUAGCUGUAGACUUGGGGGAACUUGGUGACCCCUCUAGAGAUGCCAGGUUUCUUUUUUAUCUAGAAAUGGCUGCAAGUGGAAGCUGAUAAUGUGUAGGCACUUUGUAAAUUCGUAUUGAAUAAAUGAAUGAAAUUGUGACUUCCUGAGAAUUGAACCUUGGUUUCCUAACCCUGGUUGAUGAGAGAGGCUCAUUGCUUGAUGGUGUGUACAAACUCAUCUGAAAGGGACUUUUUUAGAUAGAUCUUCAUGACUUGUUUCCACCCCAAGUCCAUCAUCACCUCUUUUAUGACAAAAGUUGUCUACAGGGUGUGGUAGUUUUUUCCUCUGUGCCAUUUUGGGGUGGAGAGGGUGGAUGUGAUGAAGCCAAUAAUUCAGGACUUAAUUCCUCUCGUGUUGUAGUUUUUUUGCCCUUGCACCAGAGUACGAAAUAGCUUCCAGGUGCUCUAGCUACACGCUGGAAAGAGCCUGUGUGGGUUGUAAUCACAUGGUGACAACACUCGGGAUCCAAAUUGGACUUCUGUUGUAUUCUCACCACUCAGUUUAUUUUUUAGCAGUUUAAUGGGUACAUUUUAGAGUCUUUCAUUUUGUGUGGAAUUAGACCCUCCCCUUCAAAUGCUGUAAUUAACAUCACUUAAGAUAAAACUUGAAUAAAACAUUGAAACCUCAAAAAA